AUGUUGUUUUCGCUUCAUGUGGAUGAAGCUCUUGGUGCUCAAACUAAAAUCAGCAAACUCAAAGAGAUGAUCACGAUGCGGAGGAAUUUGGAAGGAAAUAUUGACUACAAAAGCUCUAAUAUGCGGACUGGAGGGAGUGUAUCGAAUCAAUGCCACAGCAAAAGUUAUAUCGAGAUCGUCACCACUUAUCUUCCUGAUGAUUCGUCCUCCCCCUGUAUACAGUGUAACCACGACUCUUGUUAUAGUUGCACCAAGACGAGAAAGUGCAGAUGGUCCACUGGCUCACCCCGGAGGUGCACAGUCAACGAGGUGUGUUGCCUUAUAGUGUAUUCAUAGCUAUAGAUUUAUCGGAGGCAAAAUCAAUAUAUAUAUAUGAUAAUCUUUUCAACAUUUCUAUAUAUCUUAUAUUUGUGAGUUGGAGUAAUAUGUAUACUAUUGCUUUUAUCAAAAAAAAAAAAAAAACAAUAUGUAUAACGUUAUAACACUUUUUAUCGAUGACAA